GUACGAAAAGGACAGCCGCUGGCCGCCAGGCCGAACACUUGUACCAGAAAGAGACCGUCAUAGUCAGCUAGAAAAGAAUCAUUUUGUAGCUGCUUUGCUUUUGUUUGUGUGUUUGGCAUUCACAUUUCCCCCCAUUCAAUAUUUAAUUCAGUGGCCGUUUAUUGCAGCGGUGGCCAUACAAUGUGCAAUAGAUAAAGGCAACGGAAGAGGAAAAAUUAAUUUAAAAAAGAGACCAAAUAAGAUAUCGGAAGUAUAUAGGAAAAACCGUGGAACCGCAAUCUGAUUAAAUAUAUCCAUAUACACACAUACACACCUAAACAAACCAGCGGACAUACACACACACCCAUAGACACGAAACACACAGAUGGAAGUACAUAUACAAAGGGCGCAACGUUAAAAUUAUACAGAAAGGCUCUCGCUUUGCCUUAAAAUGGACAAUACUGCUGGUCAGUAUGUGCGGAAGAAACUGGCCUGAUGGGACAUGGACAUAGAAUAGAUAGCAAACCCUCUGUGAAGAUUUGGCUGUAAAUAGUUUCGAGCAGUGAGAGAGAGAGACCGAGAGACAGAUAAGCAAUGAAAACCAUUACGCCGGACACGACGACAGCGUCGCAGCAUCAGCAAAAGCAACAACUUCUCAUUCCACAAGCAGAACUGCAGAUGCAACAUCAGCAAACGAUUAUUGUGCCGCCAUUAAUAAUGGAAGCCACGGCGCAUGUGAAUCUCGUGGACGAUGAUGAAAAGGAUCCGCUGGCGCUGGAGCAUACGGAGGUGGUGUCCCCAACGACCAAGCACUCGCAUAGUCUCAGACGUCACCUGCCGCGCAUAAUCGUGAAACCCAUAACACUUGAGAAAAAGUCCAUGGCGCCAAGCGAAGAUCCUCUGCCAGCGGCAAUGCCAGGACUGACAUCGCUGGUCCCACAUACCGCCUCCAAUUCAGCUCCCCCCGCACGCAUGUUCAGCAGUCGGCGCAUCCAGCAGCAACAGCAGGCGAAGGCAGCUGCAGCCGCGGCGGCGGCCGCCGAAGCAGCAGCAGCAGCCGAAGCAGCAGCCCAGGCUGCAAAUGCCGCCACCACGUCGCCGGGCAGCAAAGGUGCCUCCUCCUCUCAGGCCUCAACGAUGCGCGAGGUGCUGGCCUCCAUACCCGGGUUCAGCGUGAAGCCGCGACGUCGCAGCAACAAGAAGCUGACAACAGCAGCGCAAAUCGAGCAAACGAAGGACGGAAAAAUCGAUCUGGAGACACCGGACUCCAUAUUGGCAUCCACCAAUCUGAGGGCGUUGCUGAACAAGCAGACGUUCUCGCUGCUGCCCCCGCUAUAUCAAUACAAUCUCAUUCAGCUGUUGCCCAGUGUCGAUCGUGAGGCCAGCGUUGUGGAGCCACAGUUCUUGCCGCCGCAUGGACUAGAUCAGCCAAGCAGUAGUGGUGCCUGCGGCAGUGGCAGUGGCAGUGGGAGCUCCACCUCUGAGGCCAUUCGACUAACUGCGUCAUGCCUGAACAAUGAAUUCUUUGCCCGCGCCUGUCUGGAGUGGCGCGAGCGAUUGAGCGAAGGAGAAUUCACGCCCGAGAACCAGCUGAAGCUUAAGACGGAGGCGGAGCGCGAGAAGAACAAGCUUGAUCCGUGGAAACUGAAGCACUUUGAGCCCUAUUGGGGGGAGAAGAAUGCGAGGAAUGCAUCGGGUAUGCCCACCACAGUUGGCAAGCUGAAGCUGGAGAUCGAAAAGGAGAAGCAUCGGACGACAACCAUUAAGAGUGAGCCCAAACCACCAGCGACAACGCAACAGCAACAGCAAAAGCAACAAGCAACAUGUGAUAAUGAGACUGAACUGAAAUUUGAUUUGAGCACAAAGUGCGAAACGACAACAGCAGCCGCAGCAGCAGCAGCAAACACUAGCGUACCAGCAGCAGCAGCUGCAGGAAGAACAACAGCUCCGCCUGAGACUAGUUGCAGUCAGAAUAGCUUAGCAGGGACAGAGCAACAGCGUCGCAUCCUCAAACGUCCGUCGAGCAGCCCAUCGCGUCGCAAGCCGACACCAACAAUAAUACUAGACGAUGACGAUGAUGAUCCCAAUGAGGUGCUGCCGAGCACAUCCAAGGAGAGCAAACUGAUGAAAAUCGAAGCUCCGUUUGUUCCUUAUUCGUCGUCAGGGAAUGCUGUCGUUGCCACUGCACCGUCGCCGCCCCUGCCCGCCCUCAAUAAGGAUGUGGUGGAUCAUGCCACAACGAAGAUAACUGCAACAAGAAUCAAUGAGGAGCGACAACAACAACAGCAGCAGCCAAUUAUCAACAGUACCUGUGAUAAAAUCGAGCCAUCCGAGUGCAAUGAAGAGUUCAUUUCCAUUGAUCAUCAGGACAUGGUGGAGCUUGAAGCCGCGAACGCCGCUGCACUGGCAGUAGCCACGGCGGCUGUCACACCGCCAGACAAUCCCGAGGCGGAGGUCAAUGACUUUGAAAGCUAUUUGGAGAGCGUGGAGCUAGUUACCAAAGGGCCAUUGGAUGCGUCUAGUGAGGUAGAUCACACAACGGCAGCAGCAGCGGAAGUGGCAGCAGCAGCAUCAGGAGCCAGCCAUGAUUUCGUGUUUGCCGAUACCAUCGAUCAUGCAUAUUUCCACAACCAUCAUACAGACAUCAAUCACACCUUCUACACAUCAUCGUCAUCGUCCAACAUGGCGCAUUCGGCACUCAAACUGGAGGAGGAGCAGCACUGCAUUAAGCUGGAUGACUCGCCCAUGUGUUCAGUGGCCAUACCCAGCUCGAUUUGCAGCUCGACUCCACCCAGCUCGAUCACGUCCACUAGCUUUACAUCCUCCUCAUCCGCUUCACUGUCAUCAUCGUGCUCGAGCAGUAAUUCCAGCUCCAUGCCGGCCACUGUAACGGCGGCCACCACCAACGCGUCAGCAACGUCGACAACAUCAGUAGCAGCCGUAGGAGUAUCAGCAACAGCCCCAAUGUCGCUGUCCUCAGCGGCAGGGUCAACUCUGGCCGAUGUCCAGGCUAUGCUCUCCUCGGUGGUCACGUUGCAACAGCAGCAGCAACACCAGCAGCCAUCUGUGGAGUUGAACUCGAGCGAAAUGUAUCAGCAUGUCCAGCACGAUUGGAACUUUGGUGACAUUAAGCUGAUGGCAGCAACGCCCCAAAGAAGCUCCCAAGCAGCGAGGGAGCAGCAACUGAAUCAUGAGGCUAUCAAUCUGAUGGAGGUCGUCAAGGAAGAAGUCAUCGAUGAUGAUGCGUGUCAGGAGUUCCUCAACGAGAGCGAUGAGUUGGAGGAGGAGGACGACGAUCUCGUUGAGUGUAUCGACGAUGAUCAGCAGGAACAGCAUAUGCUGGAAGCCAUGAACGACGAGGACAGUGAUGCAGUCCGGCAAAUAGUGGACAAAUUGCAGCAGCAUCAAGAGGAACAGCAGCAGCAGCAACAAGAGCAGCAGCAGCAGCAGCAGCAGCAGCAACGGCAGCGACAGCAUGUGCAUAUCCAGGAUGUAGUGCAUUUGCCACAGCAUUCGUUUUUGCCACAGGCCCACACCGACUACGGGAACGAGAUUACGCAGGAGAUUCUGGGCGAAGCCGUGCCCAUGUCAGCUGCCGAAAUGGAGGUAUCCAGCACCGUGAUCACCAACAGUAGCAACAGCAACGACAGCAGCAACAAUCUGAGCCUCAAUCAGCCGAUGCAGCCACAGCAGAAUGCUCCAGCGGUUGCGCCACAGCAACGCCAGAUUCUGGUUGAUUCCAAUGGUCAGAUUAUUGGCAACUUUCUGUUGCAACAGCAGCAGCAACGUCAACACCAGCAGCAACAUCAACAGCAGCAGCAGCUGCUUCAGCAAUUCACACUGCAAGCAGCGGCCGCACAGCAACAACAGCAGCAACAGCAGGCGACGAGUAGCAAUGCUUUGGCCAAAACUCUGCCUGUAACGCUACGCAAUGGAACCCAACAGUUUUUGUCGCCCAACUUGAUCGCCCAGCAACAGCAGCAGCAACUUGAGCAACAGCAGCAGCAGGCAGUGCAACAGAAGCAGCAGCUACAGCAAUUUGCCCUGCAACAGGCACAGCUCCAUCAGCGGCAGCUGAUGGCUCAAGCCGCCAACAACAAUCUGCUCCAACAGCAGCAGCAACAGCAACACCAGCAGCAGCAGCAGACUGUUGUCCCCGCAGCAGCGCAGCCCAAAUUUAUAGCCAAGCCAUUGAAUAUUAUUUCCAUGACGCGGCCCGCCGCCAGUGCGUUACCCAUUACGGCAGCAACAACAGCAAACACCACAACAAUUCCGUCCGCCUAUGCUAAUGUUGUUGCCGUAACAGCCGCGCCACAGCCCCAGCCCCAGCCGCCACCGCCCUCAGUAGCAACAUCAGUAGCAGUGCCUCAACAGCAGUCGCAGGCCCUUCAGCAUCCCCAGCAGCAGCUGUCCAAUCACAAUAGCAAUAUGCAGCAGUUGCCGACAUUACCAAGCGUUCUAACGAUGAAAACGCUGCCUCCCUCGGGGGUGCCGACGACCAUUGCCCAGCAGCGAUUGCAACCGAAGAUGCCGACGGGCAAGGGACGCAAGGCCACCAGCAAUAGGCUGCCCCCAGGGGCCGUUAAUCUCGAGCGAAGCUAUCAAAUCUGCCAGGCCGUCAUCCAGAACAGUCCAAAUCGUGAGAAUCUAAAAGCACAGCUGCGUCCCCCCGCGGCCAUACUCAACCAGCAUCAGCAGCCAACGGUAGUGACCACAACGGCAACACCUGUGAGCAGCCCGCUGAAUGUGUCAACUGUGGCUGCCACACCCUUGUCGAACAUGACGGCGGCUUCCGCGAAUGUGGUCGCCGCACCCGCGGCGGCAGCUCCCAUUCAGAAUAUGCUAAAGCCGGAGGAACUGCUGGUUGGUGGAGCAGCUGCCACUGGAGCCCUGCCCGCCGGCCUGCCGCCCAAUUUGAUGGGCGUUGGACGUCCGGGAGUGUACAAGGUCAUUGGUCCUCGCAUGAGCGGCUUUCCGCGUAAGAAAUAUGUCCAGAGGAAGCCAUCACCCAACACACUGAUACGUCAUGUGUUUAGUCCGGGACCUGGAGCGGCCAAUGCCACGCCCCAGCAGCUUCAGAUACUCCAGCAGCAGCAGCAGCAACAGCAGGCGGCGACAUUGCCAGUGGCACAGACCCAGCCACAGCCACCCGCGGCACCAGAGCAGUUGAUCCAUCAGAACGGCAGUGGACAGUACGUGUUGGUGCAUCGCGCCACUGUGGGUGCGGCCGACAACCAGGCGCCAAGGGCGUCCAGUGCCCCGCCACUGCAUCAGAAUCAGUUUGUCACCGUUCAGAAUCCGCUGCACAGCCUGAAUGGCCUGCCAAUGGGCGGACGCGGGCGUCCCGCAUCGGUGGAUAAUACAGCGGGCAGCGGCAACGUUAUGGCGCCGGCAAUUACUGCCACCGAGGUCCUGCACCAUCACCAUCUUAAUCACAAUCACAAUCACGAGCUGCAACAACAGCAGCACCAGCAGCAUCAGCAGCAACAGCAACAGCAUCAUCAGCAGAUGGGAAAUGUUGGCAAUGUGGGCGCCGCCGCGAAUAUUGUGCGGCGCAAUAUCGCUGCAGGAUCCACCAACAUCACCUACAUCGAUGGCAGCAACAACAAUUCAACAGCCGCCACCGCCGCUCUCAUGGAAGCAGCCGCCGGCAACAACUACAUAGUGACCACAGCCGCAGCACCAACCGCGGCCACGCCAACAGUCAUUCAGCAACAGCAGCCACCGCUGCAACAGCCGCAACAACAGGCUGUGCAUCCUCUGCUGCAGCUACGUCAAAGUGGGGAGAACACACCGCCGGGCAGCGAGGCUGCAACAGCACCGGCCAACAACUGCGCCUGCUCGCUGAACGCAAUGGUUAUUUGCCAGCAGUGCGGAGCCUUCUGUCACGACGACUGCAUCGGUGCGGCCAAGCUGUGUGUGUCCUGUGGAAUCAGAUGAGUGCCGGACCCCCUGCCGAUCGCCCAUGUGAACAACGUAUUAUAGUAAUAUAGAGACCCCCCACCCCCCCAUAGACAUGUAGACUAGAAUGCAAUGGCUAUAUACAUAUGAGUAUGUAUCCCAAUAGACAGACACACUAUAGCGCAAGUGCAGAGGCUUACGCACAGCAGAACCAGCAGCAAUACCAGUCCUGUUCACAGGCACAGCCACAGGCCCAGUCCCAGCCCAGGGCACACACACAAAGCCAAGGCAACAGAUAGAUAUAUAUCAUAAAUAUAUACACAUAUGUGUGUAUAUUUUAGACCGAUCAAAGACCCAUGUAAACUAAGUAACCUUGCAGUUCUUACAACUUUUUGUAUAAAGCCAAAAAGAGUACGAAGAGGAGGAGAAGGAGGUGGAAGAACGCUUAAAGGGCAAACAAACGAGUGUUGUGUAUUUUGUGCUUGUUGCAUAUCCCUAAAGAUACUCGUGGUUUUUGUGAUUGUUUAAGGAUAUCUCAAGCACACUAAAAAAUAAAAAGCAAAAAACAAACAAUCUAUAAACUCUCAGUGUAAUUACAAGAAAACAUACAAAAAGAAAAAGAAAAACAAGAUGGAAAAGAAAACGAAAACGUAAAAACAAAAGGCAAACGUAAAGCAUAAAAAACAGAUUAGAUUAUAUGUAAUGUAUAUAUUUAUGUUUAAAUUAAUUGUACCAUAUGGAUAGAAAUCAUAGUUUGGCAUCUGUCUGGCACCCCCUAUGAAGACUAUAUUUUUAUAAUUUAUUCGCGCAUGUGCGAAGUUCGUUUGGUUUGUUCUAUGAAUAUAAGAACUUCAUAUUGAUGUAUAUGAGAUAUAUAUAUAUAUAUAUAUACAUAUAUAUACAUACUUUACUGUGUAAUUUAUAAACUAAUUGGAGUGUAUAACGCCUGGGCCCAGCGCCUAGUUCUUAAGUUCUUAUACUGUAAUUUUAGCCUAAGUUCUAAGUAUUCUCCACCAGACAAAUCACCCGCACCCACACUCACACCCGAGCCUAGAAACGACUCUCCAUAUCCACACCAUUUCUUUAGCAUAUAGCGCAUAAACGUAAUUCUAAUUCACGAAAAUAAUUUCAAAACAAAGCCCCCUAUACAUUAAGAAAAACUGUUGAUAAAAAAACAAUACAAAGGCAAUGCAAAUGAUAAACGAAAGAACGAAAGAAGGAAACAAAACUGCAAAAGAGAGAACGAAAACCGCAUAGAUAAUAGCAAGUCAAAAUCAGAAGCAACAAAGUUACGAUUAUGAUGAGGUUAAACAAAA